AUGGCACCCUCCAUCCUCAACUUCAGAGCUUUGCGUCGCCGCUCCAAAGCCAGCUUCAAGACCGACCGGUCCAACACCGACAUAUCCAGCGAUGCCAGCCAAGGCACCGCCCCGACACCCACGAGCGGCGCUUCGACACCACCGUCUCUCGCCUACGCUUCCGAUCCUGCCCUCGAUCUCCAAGUCAAAGACCCCAAUCAGCAACCUCAAGCUCGCCCGCCGCUGCAGCCCGUCAAUAAUUCCCAUCGACACAGCGUCUCCGGCAUGGCAGGCUUGGGCUCUCCUGUUGUCAAUGGUAAAUCCAGUUUGCCCGUAUCUCAGUAUGCACCUCGAAUUGCCAACGUUGCCGAAAAUGCUUGGGUCUACCAAAAGGUGCUUCUCGUCCAUGGCACCAUCGGCGAGCCCUCCGGGCCAUCUGUUGAUGGCACUCUCUCAAUAACCCGACUCGACGACAACUUCCCGCCAACCUAUUGGCCAGUGUGCGACUCUCAGUUCAAAGCGCUCGUCUACUUGCAACCAGGACCGAAUAAAAUACGAUUCGACUUUUCAAGCCCCAAGCUACCGAACAGCUCCUCUUCAAACCCCAUCCAUGCGUCCUAUCUGACGGUCCAUAUGCUGCCGGCCAACAAUGCGCCGCCGCUGCAGCUCGCGAUCCUCGUAGCUAAGGACUCACCAGAAACAUUCGAUGCGGUUCCGGCUCGGGUCGAGCGAGAAGGCAACGAUUUGGACACGGCAGUGCGCAAGUUCCGCAUGGCCGCCUACCUUUGGCAAGCCUUUACAGCUGAGCAGAUGUGGCGCAAUAAGCUUGGCCGCCGGGUUUUCAGGUUCGAAGAGGAAUGGGUAACCGGCACCUCGAACCACCGAGACCGCGAAAACGGAACGCUGCGGUCCGAAGCCAGAAUACAUGUCAUCAGGUCGGACAAGACUGUCGCGGAGAUACAGGAUUUGGAAUUGGCCCAACAGAACGAGAAGGCAUCCAAAAAGGGAGACCUGUACGGGAUCGCUGCCGAGGCAGUCAAACAACAUUUCAAGUCGCUGGGCGGUCAGAAGCAGUACGUGUCAGUACUAAUUCUCGACACAAGGUGGGACAAAGAGGCCAAGUUGGUGAGGGGCCACGCGGCGCUGGGAGGAAACGCUGGUAACUUGCAACUGGCCAUCUUUGGCUCUCACUGCUUGCAGAGCUACCCUGCGAGCUUCGAAGAGGUUGUACCCGCGUUUACGGACUGCACUCCGACAGACCUCGAAUUCGUUGCCAACGACUGCAACCAGGCAGGCAGCUCUUGGGAGGCUGCCAACAUCGGCAUUGGCGCGCACUUGCACGAGACGGGCCACCUCUUCGGAUGCCCUCACCAGGAGACUGGCGUCAUGCUGCGCGACUAUCUCACGCUCAAUCGAAGCUUCGUUGCUCGUGAAGCCUUCUGCACGAGAACCAAAUCCAAGGGUGGCCUAGUAGGCCAAAGCGAUGAGUGCGGCUGGCAUCGAUUGGACUGCUUGCGAUUCCGGAGUCACCCCUGUUUUAGACUCCCCAACGAUCCUCCGAUGAACCCCGACGAUAGCAUUCACGCUUUCCCCGUCGAAGGCGGCAAGGUGGUAGUCAUGGCGGCGACGGGCAUCGCCUUCAUUGAGGUUUUCGCCGAGGACGACGACGUUUGUCGGGCAUGGAUCGAAUACCUGGUAGAGAGUGGCUCGGUUCAACGCCAACUGACUCUCAGCGACCAGGAGCUGCGUGAGCGGCUGCCAGAAAACAAGCGGAAGGGGCGACUCAGGAUUGCCGUUAAGUCUCACGGAGGCGGCACCCUAGACAUUGAUGACUUCAAGAAACUGGGUUCCAAGGAAUCCUCGUUCAAAUUGACACCUGGUCCACUUGGGAAGACAGCAUUCCGGGGAAAGUCCCUAGGACUCUCGUCCAUGGAGGGCAGUGAAGCACAGGAAGUUGUCUUCGAGAGCGCGGUCAAACAGAACAGGGUGCUGUCGAAAAUCAUCUUCUACCACGGGUAUGCAGUAGACGGCGUGGAAUUCGUGUACGACGACGACUCAACACAGCUUUUUGGGAAGAGGGGGGGCAAGGAAGGCGGUGAUGUUUUCGACUUUGACAUACGGCGGGGCGAAUACAUUUCGGGCUUCCUUGUCCGAUCUGGACAUUGGAUCGAUGGCAUUCAGGUGCUCACCAGCCUGGGCAGGAGGUCACCCAUCUACGGCAAUGCUCAUGGCGGAUCUGCGCACACGUUGAUUCCCCCCAGAGGAUACACCAUUUGUGGCGUUGGCGGCUCAUGUGGCCCUUGGGUCGAUGGGUUCUCGAUCCUCAUCGUUAAAUGA